GAAAGUGCACUGUUUUUUGCAUGUGGAAGAGAUUGUUUGCUGAACGGAAGUGGACAUGGCAGGCCAAGCAGAAGGCAGAUUAGAGCUUGAGGAGAGCCGAAUAGCUGAAGAGAAGUUAGUAGAAGGAAUUCAAUUCCCAAAGGUGCUGCUUCCUGCUAAAUCUCAAUCCUUCUCCUCAGCCGCUCAAGUGGGUGAAGCCAUAGCAAGGCAUAAAACAUGGUUGGAUUCUCUUCUCCAUUCAAGUGGGGCUCUCUUACUUAGAGGCUUUCCAAUCCACUCACCUGUGGACUUCAAUCAUGUGGUAGAAGCAUUUGGGUAUGAGGAAUUGCCUUAUGUUGGGGGAGCUGCUCCCAGAGUAAAUGUUUUUGGCAGAGUUUUCACUGCAAAUGAAUCUCCCCCAGAUCGGAAAAUUCCAUUCCAUCAUGAAAUGGCUCAGGUACUGGAAUAUCCUGCAAAAUUAUUUUUCUAUUGUGAAGUGGAGCCUGCAAGUGGUGGAGAAACUCCAAUUGUUCUGAGCCAUCUUGUAUACCAAAAAAUGGCAUAUCAAUUCCCUGAGUUUGUCAGAAAGUUGGAAGAGCAUGGUUUGCUUUACAUUCGUGUUAUAGGAGAAGAUGAUGAUCUCUCAUCUGCAGUUGGCCGUGGGUGGCAUUCCACAUUUUUGACAAAGGACAAGGAUGAAGCUGAAAAAAGGGCAGCAAAGAUUGGCACAAAGUUAGAAUGGCUUGAAGAUGGUAGUGCUAAAACUAUUAUGGGACCCAUUUCAGCAAUAAAAUUUGACGAAUCAAGGGAUCGAAAGAUCUGGUUUAACAGUAUGGUGACUGCUUAUACUGGCUGGGAAGAUGCCCGUAAUGUUCCUGAGAAGGCAGUAACAUUUGGAGAUGGGACUCCUUUGCCCAAAGAUGUGGUCCAUGAAUGCCUCAAGAUCUUGGAGGACGAAUCUGUUGCCUUUCCGUGGCAGAAAGGUGAUGUUUUGUUAUUGGACAACCUGGCUGUUCUACACGCUCGCCGCUCAUUUGAACCUCCUCGUCGGAUUUUAGCUUCUCUCUGUAAAUAAAUCUAAACUACCUAGCCUAUUAAAUAACUUGGCAAGCCUGUAAUCCUUGGAUUCAAUCUUCUAAAUAGCUUGAGAGCACAGUUAGUCCAGGUACAUAAACGAUUGUCUAUACUCGGUGCAAACAAAUCUUUUUAUGGAUGAAAUAAACACCAAGGCAGCCAUGCACACUUUAUAAGUAGGUACCUCGUAGACAGGUAGAAAGAUUUUCUGUUUUACUCUGAACAUAAAGAGAUGCUAAGUUUGUAUUCAUAAUUUUAAAAACUUUUUAAAAAUUAAAUAAAUAUUUUGUGAAUAGGUUUAUGAGGAGAGAUGAAUAACAAAAUAGAUAAAGUACAAUAUAUUUUUGCUUC